AUGAGAGUGUUUCUGUCUCUUCUGUUCGUUGCCGUUACUUGCAUGGAAUUUGCACAAACCUUGCAAUGUUACAAUUGCCAUGAUCCUACCACCGCUGAUAAGUGCAUGACGAUUCAGAACUGCGCGAAGAAUGAAACCAUUUGCAAGACUACUAUGUACUCCGCGGAGUAUGCAUUUUAUCCCUUCACGGGUGUUGCUACUGUCACCAGGAUGUGCUCUUCCGUCUGUGAGCCAUCUGAUGUGGAUGGGAUUGGCAUGACACACCCUGUCGUCUGCUGUUACUCUGAUUUGUGCAACACGGAUGGUGCAGCCAGCCUGAGGAUCAGCUUCGUGCUUGUUACGGCGCUGGCAAGCUCCCUUUGUGCCCUCUUCUGGACUAGACCAUGA